CGCCGGCGGGGCCGGUCUGGCGCUGCCUCCUCGGUGUCUGGCGGGCGGGCGGCCAAGAUGGCGGAGCUGAGCGGCGGCAUCGGCGGGCCGGGGUCCUCGUCCUCCUCGCAGCCAGGCCCCGGCGAAGGGGAAGGCGGCGGCGUGGGCGGCCCGGAGGCGGGCUCGGGGGGGCUCCUCAUCCGCGUGACGGUGAAGACCCCGAAGGACAAGGAGGAGAUCCUCACCGGCGAGCGCGUCUCCGUCAGGGAGUUUAAAGAAGAAAUUUCCAGGCGAUUCAAAGCCAAACAGGAUCAGCUGGUUCUGAUCUUUGCUGGGAAGAUUCUGAAGGACGGGGAUACGUUGAAUCAGCACGGGAUCAAGGAUGGCCUAACGGUGCACCUGGUGAUCAAAACCCCACAGAAGGUUCAAGAUCCUUUAGCGGUGACUGCUGUAUCUUCUCCUGCUGCCGCCACCGCUCCUGCUGCUGCUGCUGCUACCACUGCUGCUACUACCAUUACGCCCUCCGCAGCCCCUGCUUCUCCUGCAGCCCCACCUCAGCCGUCCACAUCCAGCAACACACUCUCAGACGCAGGGAACAGCAGCCGGAGGAGCAGCAGCGGAUUGGGAGCUACACCAGGCCCAGCUGCAGAAGGAACACCUGGUGGGGCCACCUCCAUCUUGUCUGGCUUUGGCGGCAUUGCUGGGCUCGGUCACUUGGGGAUGGGCUCGGCAAACUUCAUGGAGCUUCAGCAGCAGAUGCAGCGGCAGCUGAUGUCCAACCCGGAGAUGCUGUCCCAGAUCAUGGAGAACCCGCUGGUCCAGAACAUGAUGUCCAACCCAGACUUCAUGAGGCAGAUGAUCAUGGCCAACCCUCAGAUGCAGCAGCUGAUGGAGCGCAACCCAGAGAUUAGCCACAUGCUGAAUAACCCUGAGCUCAUGCGCCAGACAAUGGAGUUGGCACGCAAUCCUGCUAUGAUGCAAGAAAUGAUGCGGAACCAGGAUCGGGCCCUGAGCAACUUGGAGAGUAUCCCAGGAGGGUACAAUGCCUUGCGCCGGAUGUACACAGAUAUCCAGGAACCCAUGUUCAGUGCAGCAAGGGAACAGUUUGGCAACAACCCCUUCUCUGCCCUGACCGGGAAUUCGGACUCCUCGAACUCGCAGCCUCUGCGGACGGAAAACCGAGAGCCCUUGCCGAACCCCUGGAGCCCCACCCCCGCUUCUCAAGGCCAGGCGCCGAGCAGCGAAGGGAGCGCCGGGUUGGUCACGAGCCAGAGCCCGCCGGCCGUGUCCAACCCUUUGGGGAUAAAUGCCGCCAACCUAGGGACCGGCAUGUUUAAUAGUCCCGAGAUGCAAGUCCUCCUGCAACAGAUCUCUGAGAACCCCCAGCUCAUGCAGAAUGUGAUCUCCGCUCCUUACAUGCGUACGAUGUUGCAGACGCUGGCCCAGAAUCCCGACAUUGCGACACAAAUGAUGGUGAAUGUUCCACUCUUUGCCGGUAAUCCUCCGCUUCAGGAGCAGCUGCGGCUCCAGCUGCCAGCCUUCCUACAGCAGAUGCAGAGCCCCGACUCUCUCUCAGUCCUGACCAACCCUCGUGCCAUGCAGGCCCUGCUCCAGAUCCAGCAGGGACUCCAGACGCUGCAAACGGAGGCCCCGGGACUGGUGCCCAGCCUGGGGUCUUUCGGCAUGGCUCGAGUCCCGCCACCCUCUGCCGGAGGAAGCACAAUCCCCGAGACGCCCAUCUCCUCUGCUUCAAUGCCUGCCAGUGCCUCUCCAGCUGGGGACAGCAACCCCCACCAGCAGCUCAUGCAGCACAUGAUCCAGCUACUUGCCGGCACCAACUCUCAAUCGCAGAGCCCAGAAGUACGGUUUCAGCAGCAGCUUGAGCAGCUCAACGCCAUGGGGUUUAUCAACCGGGAGGCCAACCUCCAGGCGCUCAUUGCCACAGGUGGAGACGUCAACGCUGCCAUUGAGAGACUGUUGGGCUCCCAGCCCUCCUAACGUUGUGCGCCCCCCUCCCAGCCUCCACGUGAGAUCUGCACACCGGGACCUAUCGAGGGGACUGCCAUUCUCACACCCAUGUUCUCCAGCAGCUGCCCACACAUUCAGAAACUGGAACAAAAACGCCUUGAGCUCAGUGCAGCCCUGCUCCCCCUUUCCCUCCCAAAUGCUUUAAAGACUGCAUUGUGCGUGGAUUUUAGUUCUCAUGGCCAUUUUGAGACAUGUAUUCCCCCCCUUGCCUCCAACCUUUGCCUACCCCCCCCAAAUUAGGCUCCUUCGCUAUAGUUAAUAGAAGUGUAACUUCUAGAAUAACCCCAAAUGAUUGUGUUGGAUUAGCUUGAUUUUUAAGUAUAAAAGCUGUAUUUCUUUUCUUACCUGCCCAUCCUCCUUCCAACCAAAAGGGAAAUAUCAAGGAAAUGUCAGCUGUCCUCCCCCUGCCCAAAGACGUUUCUCAUGAGCAGUGAGAAGGAAGAGACAAGGUUUUCAAGUGCCAGUAAGUGUAAAGGGAUGUCUGGGGGUGGGGUGGGGGUUUAUACACACAAGAAUAGUUUGCACGGCACGAUUGCCCAUGCGUCGUUGGGGCUGCGCGGGAGCAAAUGUCUGUGCUGUUCCUGCCCCCAUAUUUCCAGUUUCCAUGUUUUGCUGUUGGAUGAAAACUUUGGGUUGUUUCUCCCUCCGUAACCUGGAGUGUUGGGUUUAGACGUCCAGGGGUACUACCCAGAAACCUUGUUUUUUGCACAGCAGCAAAGGGGCAGGAGGCAAGCAUACUCAUUCCCACUGGUGUAACAACCACCCAUGGGUACUUGUUACAUCUGAACUAGAUCGCACUCUGGCACUAUUGUCUCUUUGCAGGGACUCCAGUCCCUCCUUGCUGGAUGUGAGCAUCUCUCAGCCUUUCUGCUUGGCUUUAACGGUUACAGAAUGUUGAUUAGAUCUGGUCGAGAUAUGGAGUCGGAGGCCUGCCAGGAGCUGGAGAUCGAUGUGUAUGUUUGCUUGCGGAAAGGGAUGCUGGUGCAAAGGUGUGGCUGGCAGGGCCGGUGCCAGACUAUUUUGCGCCCUAGGCAGGUGAACUGCUUUCACCCCCCCACCCCCACCCCCCCAGUGUACCUAGGCGCAUUGCGCCAUCUCGCCUGCCCAGCCGAAGCAAAGGCAGGAUGCUGGGGUGGGAUGGGCAGCUUCGGAACAGCACACCCGGCCGGAAGCCACUCUGCGAGAGCGACUUCCAGGCACGCCGUUCCAAAGCUUCCCCCCCCCCCCCCAGCAUUCUGGCUUCGCUUCGGCUGUGCACCCACCCAGCCAAAGCGAAGCCAGGACGCUGGAGUGUGCGUGUGUGGCUUGCUUCAGCUGGGUGGGCGCCCAGCCAAAGCGAAGCCAGGACACUGGGGUGGGCGGGCAACUUCGGAACGGCGUGCCUGGAAGCCGCCCCCUCAGAGCCGCUGUGGGAGAGCGGCGUCCGGGUGCGGCGUUCAGCGCCCCCCUUAUCUUGGCGCUCUAGGCGGCCGCCUGAGUAGCCUCUAUGGUAGCACCGGCCCUGGUGGCUGGAAUUACCUUCUGUCAUCUGCCUCAAAAGCCUCCGUUUGAAUGUCACUGCCUCCUUCAAGCGUCUGAAAAUAUGACUUGUAAUUUUUUCCUAGGCCUCUCCUCCCCCCUGCCUGCCCCCAAAUCCUGUUCUUGACAUGGCUUCUCCAGUCAAACAUGCUUUGAUGCUGCUGUCUUUGGGAGGCUGCUCCUAUGAAGAAUGGAGGGUGGAGACACUACUGAUAGUCUGUGCCUCCUUUAUAUUAUCCCUUCUCCCUCCCCCCCCUCCCGGAUUUAGUUCAGGGUGUUUAAAAUCACCUGCCUGCCGAAGGAUGAUGUCCCAAGAGCCUCCGGCAGUGUAAUUUGCAAAUAAAUUUACGUACAGUUUUUAAUCCAGGAAUAAAAUGCACAAAGCAUCUGUCUUCA